UGAUCGCUGUACCAACGUGAAAAGUGUAGUAUGGCGUUCGGUGGGAAAGCAGCUGCUUGCGUCAUUUCAAAAUACUUCAUUGUCGUGAUUGUCUAGCGUUUCUAGUGUACUGUCCGACUAGUUAAGUUCAGACAAGGAAGUCUUAUUGCAGCAAGAACUCAUAACGUGUCAGGAAAAUGACCGACCUCACAGAAUUGCGGAUGAACGUGGCCGCUUUGAAACGCGUUGACCCCUACGUCAAGGAUAUUCUGGAGACUGCGACCCAUGUAGCUCUUUAUACAUUCAACGCUGAGAACAACGAAUGGGAAAAAACGGAUGUUGAGGGUGCUCUGUUCGUCUAUUCGCGAAAUGGCGAACCUUAUAACAGCGUUCUUAUUAUGAAUAGGUUGAAUACCAAUAAUCUUGUGGAGCCUGUAACACACGGCUUAGACUUGCAAUUACAAGAGCCGUUCCUGCUAUACAGAAAUUCCAAAUGCAAUAUUUAUGGUAUUUGGUUUUAUGAUAAAGAGGAAUGCAUAAGGAUCGCAGACGUGUUAAACAAGUUAAUGAAAGAGUCUGCAGAGCAGAAUAGAAAAUCUGGCACAAAAACACAGACCAAAGGCAAACGAAGUUCUGGGCCCAGUGUAAAUAAUGUUGAUAUAUUCACUAUGCUGAGUAAAGCCCAGGAAGAUUUUGAUACUAACAGAGGAAUUAGAGGAAGCGGAACUGGCAUAGGGUCAAAGUCUCCUGCAUGUAACACUAUUGAAGAAAUCAUCUCUGGUCCAUUGAUUGCUCCAUUGGGUCCAGAUGUAACUUCCCAAAGCGUAAUGGACUUUUUUGCUAAGGCUAAGGUUAAUCCCGGACAUUUCAAACCAGGAGAGCAGCCACCUUCUGGAAGUACAGUUGUACCAGAAGGAAAACCAUUACUAGCUCGGUUGAUGUCGCAUCCUGCGGCACAUACUUUAGAGCACAUUGAAAAACAACAGAGAUCAAUAACUCCACAACCAGGUCCACCAUCUUUGCAUCAAGCACAACCUGGUUCUGGAAGUACAUCAACUGUGAACAACUUGAGCAGUAGCUUAGCUCCAAAUAGAUCAAAAAGACGGAGCAGAGCGAUAUCUCAGCAAGAUAGCAUUACACCAGGGUCUUCAAAUAUAUCUCAGGACGUCCAGCAACAAAUCAAUCAAAGCGCGACCGAUUCAAAUGGUUCCGCUGGUUCAGCCGGUUUUCUGAGGAUACAAUCUCCAACGACAAACACUAAUACUAACCUAACCAACCACCAAAACUCUAACAUUGCAGUCUCCAGCAAUUCCAACCCACUGGCGUCCUUAUUCGCGCAUGCCUCAGCCCCUACGGUAUCGUCAGAUGAUGUGUUAGGAACUACGCCUAUCUCAGGAACGGGAACUGCUCCCGCUCUGAUACCGCCUGUAAUGUUUGCGGCGCCAAGUCCACCAGAUCCUCUUAGCAGACCGUUGGAACCGCUGACGAGGAACCAGCUCCUUCAGGCGUUUAAUUAUCUUCUACGAAGCGAUCCCGAUUUUAUUAACAAGCUCCAUGAGGCAUACGUCAAGUCUUUUGGCGAGAUUCUCUCCUAGGUUCAUUAAUCCUAGCCAAUGUUUAAAGGUUUCUACCCGUACUCGUCAUGCGGGAUGUUAUGCGAUCAGCCUGCGCAAACCUUUUCAAACGGACUUAACACCAAAAAUCUAUCUAUUCCUAUGUUACAUCUUUGUACAUAGGUAACCGGCGAAACUGUAACGUUCGUGACGGAAUUCAUGACAAUGACUACCGACCCAAUACCGCUUUUGGGCUGGAGAUAUGAAUAAAAAGACCCAUAUACCUUGGACAGUAUUUUUAUAAAAUAAUGCGUUUAUCCCAGAAACGAUCGCACGCUUUGAAAAUAGCGCUUGUCAAGGAAUGUUGGGCCUUUGACAUCGCGCGCUUAUUUCAUUCAGUUAUGGAAAACGAAAAGAAGGAGAGACAAUGAGGCGCAAAGAGAAUCGGCAUGCAAGAUAACUGUUACGGUUCGACGAAAGAAUCAACGGGGUUACAUGACAAGCGAUACGGAUACGAUUUUAAACUGUGAUGCCAAAACAUUUAUAUAUAUAUAUAUAUGUGUGUAUAUAUACUAACGUUUUAUGAUCACGAGUUCAAAACAAGACAUGAAAAUCUCUUGAGAAGAUCAAAUGUGUAGAAUGCCUAUUUUCCAGAGUAUAUGACGCACCUUUACUGUAUAUCAGGCGCCGAGUAUGGUAUGUGUACUGUAAUUAACAGCUGAAAAGAGCAACAAAUAAAAGCAGAUUGAUGUAAAGUUA